AUGAGAUUUGAAAAACCUGAAAUAGAAGGUGGCGGCAUAGGAAUCGGAGCAUCAAGACUCCACAGAAAUCCACUUUUUUUGAGCUAUGAUAAUGUGCAGCCAGAAAUUGCAGAGAAUAAGAAAGCACAGAGGUACCCAACAUCACUAUCUGCUUUAGAUACUCUAAAAUCAUACAGUAGUCUGACAAAACGCCUUCGCAAUACCUCUGAAAUUAAUCAGGUUACUCAACUCAAAAAUCCAACUCUAAGAGGGAGAAAGCUCUCCACAGAGGAGGUGAUUAGGAUAGCGGGGGAACAGUACCUCUACAAUGGUGAAGACCUUUCUCUUCAAUUCAAUCCCCAGCUCUCAAACGUCAACAAUGAAGACAUCAAGAACAUAGAGCUAACCCACUUGCUCUUAUCUUCAGCUGAAAAGAUCGAAAACAAGCAGUUUGAAAGAGCAAAGAGGCUUCUCAUGGUCUGCGAUUUCGAGUCCUCACCAGUUGGAAACCCAGUUCAGAGGCUAGUCCUCCAUUUUGGCGAUGCCCUUUGGGAGAUUUUAGAGCAAGAGACAGGGUUAAAAUCUAAAAACCCGACUUUAACACAAGAGACUGGGGAGGAAAAGAAAGUAUUGACGGGUUUUCACCCUGCAACAUGGGCAUUUUACCAGAUCGUUCCUUUUCUUAAAGUACUUCAAUUAACAGCAAGUCAAGCUAUACUUGAUGCGAUGGCCUUUUCAGCAAGAAUUCAUUUGAUUGACCUUGAGGUGAGAACAGGGAGGCAUUGGACCAUGGUAAUGCAGAGUCUUUCUUCAAGGCUUGGUCACCCUGUUCAGCUUCUAAAACUAACCAUGGUGGGAAAUUCGAGAGAAACGAUGGAAAAAACAGGUAACCGGCUUCUCAGUUUCGCACAAACUCUAAAACUUCCCUUUGCAUUCAAUCUGGUUGUUGUCUCUGACAUGGGAGAAGAGAUAAGAGAGAGAUUUCCAAUGGAAGAUGGAGAGUCGGUAGCUGUUUAUGCACCUCUGGUGCUAAGCAGCGUGCUAGUUAAGCCCCACUAUUUGGAGAAUCUUGUCAAAGUUAUCAGCAGCUUGCGUCCGGAUGUAAUGGUGAUCACAGAGGUGGAAGGGAAGCACAAUUCUCCAUCAUUCGUGAAGAGAUUCACUGAGGUUUUGUUCUAUCACAGUGCUUAUUUCGAUUCUCUUGAUGCCUUCUUUGACUCCGAUGAUGCGAAUCGAUUGGUGAUAGAGAGAGUGUGCAUGGGUACAGGGAUUCGAAGCAUGGUGGGGAGAGAGGGAGGAGAAAGAAAAAUCACGCAUGUUGGGGUUGAGGUGUGGAAGCUAUUUUUAAAGAGGUUGGGUUUUGAAGAGGUUGAGCUUAGCCAAGAUGCCUUGUAUCAGGCAAGUCUUUUAGUGAAGAAUCAUAGGCAUGCUGAUUCUUGCACACUGGAGAUGAAUGGAAAGGCUUUGACAGUUGGGUGGAAGGGCACACCAUUGCACUCUGUUUCUGCUUGGAGGUGCCUUUAG